GGUCCUGGUGGGAUGGUCCCUUACGCUCUUGCCCCGGCCCGGCCGCCGGCCCCAGGGGCGGGUGGGGCGGGUCCCGCUUGCGGCCUCCGCCCGGGCACACCUGAUGCUGAUGGGUCCCCGCCUGGGCUCCUGGUGGGUGGGGCCAGGCCUCUCACCUGCACCGAGCCCUCCGCAGCCCCACCCUCUCCUGCAGCCCUCCCGGGCGCGUGGAUCUCGCGCCGGACCCAGGGUUGGGAGGCUCUGCUUCUGCGCCCUGGAUGUUCUCCCCCAGUCCCAGGUGGCUCUGGAUCUGCUGGGGGUCCCCGGGCCCCACCCCACCAUCCCAGCCACCCAAACUGGUCUCUGGCUCCGUGGGAGGGGCUGCCCUUGUUAGGCAGAGGGUGCGAGGCUGGGCCCGCGAGCCACGUGGGCUGGCCCUCUGUCCGCAGCGCCGUGGGGAAGACGUGCCUGCUGAUCAGCUACACAACCAACGCCUUCCCCGGAGAGUACAUCCCCACUGUUUUUGACAAUUACUCAGCCAACGUGAUGGUGGAUGGGAAGCCAGUCAACCUGGGGCUGUGGGACACUGCAGGGCAGGAGGACUAUGACCGGCUGCGACCGCUCUCCUAUCCUCAAACUGAUGUCUUUCUGAUCUGCUUCUCCUUGGUGAGCCCAGCUUCCUUUGAGAACGUCCGUGCCAAGUGGUACCCAGAGGUGCGGCACCACUGCCCCCACACGCCCAUCCUCCUAGUGGGCACCAAGCUGGACCUCCGUGACGACAAGGACACCAUUGAGCGGCUGCGGGACAAGAAGCUGGCACCUAUCACCUACCCACAGGGCCUGGCCAUGGCCCGAGAGAUUGGCUCUGUCAAGUACCUGGAGUGCUCUGCCCUGACCCAGCGGGGCCUGAAGACAGUAUUUGAUGAGGCCAUCCGGGCAGUGCUCUGCCCACCCCCAGUGAAAAAGCCCGGCAAGAAGUGCACGGUCUUCUAGAGUCCCCCCUCAGGCCAGCCUGGGGAGGGACAGCGCCUGCCCAAGUGUGCCCUUGUGUUGAGCUGUUUGGUGUCCGAGUCUGCUGUGGGGAGUGGUAUGGGUGGGGAGGGGGAAGCAUGGGGACAAGGCUGGGGUGACAGGGUCCUGUCCCCUCUGCCUCCUCUUUCUGGGGUACAACUCCAGCCUUCCCUGGCCCCCAUGAGAGGCCAGGAGGGAGCAGGGUCUCCCUCAGGGCUGCAGGGGUGGGUCCAGGGCAGCCCCAGGAUGGGCUUC